UUCUGGAGACGAACCCGUUUCAUUUUAUUUCUAUUUCAGACUAGUUUACACGGCCUUCUAAUAUUUUUUAUUUAUCAUUUUAACGUUGUAUGCAUAGACUGAAAUUACAUAUUACAGUACAUAAUUUCAAGUUACAUUAUCAUUAACAAGAAGCCACGAAUGGAUAACCCAUUAUUUGUCAAUAAGCAAAAAUUUUCCAUAUGCUGCUGCUUUUUGCUUAUUGCUGCCUUUUUGACUCAAUUAUGUUUCACACAAGGUGAAGCUGUGUCGGCAUAUUGCCACAAGAAGGAUGAUAAUUCGGCCAACUGCAGUUCGCUGAUUAAUAAAAUACAGAAUGAUUCAGCAUGGAUUGCUACUUGCAAGUCUAGUUACUGGAAGAUAUUGAUCAAAUUCACUAACUUGAAUGCAACUAAUUCCAUGUGCAUACAGAUGACCUACAAAUUGUCUUGUCUCAGUCCCGCAGAUAAACAACUUCGAAAAAUGAAAGAAGAAAUUUGUGAAUUAUCAGAUAAUGGCAUUAUAAGAAAAGAUGCAACGCCGAUCAUUACGCAAUAUAAGAAAACCAUCAAUGACCCAAUCUCCAUUGGAAACUAUUCUUCAAUAAUCUGGAGACACGGAAGCAAAGCCAAAUAUCUGGCAACGGCUUUUGUUAAACCAAAUAAAUCAAAAGCAAAAACUUCACUUGCAAACAACGUUAACCUGUACAACGACUUCUUUUUGAGCUCGGAUCUGGAUAUCAUUCUGAUAUCGUUAAUGGAUGAAAACGGUACCAAUGUAAAUGAGUCUGUUUCAUUCAACAUAAACACGCAAAGUGAUAAAUCUGUUGCAGCUCUACCUAGCAGUCACCGCUUCAGCAAAAUUUCAAAAGUUUGCAUGUUCUAUGAUACGGUUUCUACACCUAAACGGUGGUCGGAUAAAACGUGCAAAACUAUUGUUCGAAAUAGCGUGACAUCUUGUCAAUGUGAACACAAUAGUGCCUUUGCUGUUGUAUUUAGCACCCGUAACAUCACUCUUCCUCAAGCUGUAACUACGGCAUCAACCGUGAUAGAAUCAACUUCGAUUGUUUUCCUACUCGUUACUGCAGUAUUGCUUGGAAUAUACCGGAAAAGAAUGAGACAUUUUGACCGCGUUCUCGUGCAAAUCAAUUUAUGUCUGGCACUGUUGCUCACUCAUCUGUUUUUUGUUCUCUCUCCGCUUGCUGUCGAAGUUUCGGCGAUAUGUUACUUUAUGGCAGUUGGGACACACUUUUUCUUGGUAGCAACCGCUGUUUUAAUGGUCAUUGAAGGAUCACUCAUGUUGACUAAAGUUCUCUUUCCGCAUGCAUUUACCGACUCAAGUUCAAAGAAAAAGCGGCGAAUAGUCGGUUUCUGUAUCGCUUGGAUUCUACCAUUAAUAUAUGCUAUUGUUUGCGGGGUAGUAGGAAACAAAGACGGUGGUUAUAUUCCAAAAAUCGCAUCGAGGAAAUCGUUCGAAAAUUGCUGGAUAGCUCCUGAUUAUGGAAAAUAUGUUGUGCUUAUUCCAAUUUGCUUGGCUCUUGGCAUAAACCUACUAAUCGCCACCAGACUGGGAUUAUUAGUAUGGAGAAUGAGUAGAAGCGCUGAAAAAUUCAAGCCUAGCAACCUACGCGAUCAGAAUAAAGCAUCACACGCCGCAAAAGCUCUACGCGCUGUUGUUAUCCUCAUGCCGAUACUAGGUAUACCUUGGAUACUAGGAUUAUUAGUCAACAUUGAGCCACUGGAGGUCGUUUUUGGGUCUAUCCAUGUCGUUGUCAACGGAUUGCAAGGUCUUCUUUUAUUCAUUCACUACGCCCUGUUCAACGAAGAGAUGAGAGGAGCACUGAAAAAGAUGUGGUCUACAAGUGUCUCAGCGCUUCCUACAGUACAUUUUGUAAGCACCAGCAAUACUUCUGUUCCAUCUGCUGCAAAGACAUCCAAGAGCAGAAGCGACUCACAAGCCGGAUUACACGACUAGACUACAGCGUCACGGUGUGGAUUUGGAUGAACAUCACAAUAUCUCAUUGAUUAUAUCAAAAUCUAUUUGCAUAGUAUUAAAACAUGCUGAGCAUGGCACAAGUUUUGACAACAUUUAUCGACAAUAGAUUGUAUGUAUGGUCGUCUAGUAUAGUUUCCCGUCCACACACAGGUUAGCAAAACUUGAAAAAGUCUAUAUUUUAAACCUUUUACAAAAGUACUAUAUUAAUGAAUAUUUUUAUUCUCAUUUCCAGUGAAUUUAAUUUUUUGUGUA